AUGCCAAAGAUCUCGAGGCGUCGAGCGCAUUGCAAAGCAAUUUCCCAACGCUUUUCAACAAAUGAAGAUUCUGGAGAUGGAACAGAUUAUUCGGAUUUCGAAGAAUCGCUCGAGUCGACAACCAAAGCGGUUAAAGACCUACCAGUGGUGAACUUUCGAGAGGAAAACGUCAUGAAUGACAUCGGGGACCUGUUUGAGCUGUGUCGAGCUCAUUGUCCAAUCAAAUAUCUAAGUGUUUUACUGUAUAUGACAAUGAAGCGUUUCGACAUCGGAUGGCAACAAUCCAACGAAUUCUUAUCGGCGAUCGGCGGGCUCACUGUGGAAACAGCUCAUAAGUGGACACAAAUUUACAUUCAUGGUGACUUCGACGACUUCUGCUCAGAGAACAGAGGUGGAAAACAUUCCGACGGCUUCUAUGAUCUCUUCCCCGACAUCGAAAUCGAAGCGAAGUCGUUUGUGUUACAACGUUGCUCUCAAAAGACUUCGAAUUUCGUAGUCAAUGAUUUAGGAAACUUCAUUGACGAAAAAUUCUAUUUGACAACAGACAUUGUGAAAGUGAAGGACGCUCCGUUAGUACGAUCGAUCGCAGCUUGUCGUCUUGACAUGCGCAACUGGGGUGCGCGGUAUGACUCAACUGGUAAUCGUCCUUACUUUGCUGGUCACGAGAGACCAGACGUUGUCGAGCAUCGCAAUGAAUUCGUCAAAUAUUUUCUCAGUCGAGCAAACAAUUAUUUCACAAUUACGAAUGGAGAUAUGCCUCAGUGGCAUUAUCCAGUCGGCGACUCGCCGACCAUUUUGAUUUUUCAUGACGAAUCGACAUUUAGAUCAGGGGAAAUUCAUCACAAGCGUUGGUUUUUCGGUGAUGGGGCACCGCUAUAUAACAAAGGUCGUGGCAGGUCCAACAUGGUGAGCGACUUUAUCGUUAUGCAUCCAUCUGGACCGUUUUUCCGAUUGAAUGCCGCUGAAUUUGCUGAGGCAGUGAAACACUACCCCCAAUUACGCACGAAGUGCGACAUUGAUUACGUCGAAGGGAGUGCAACUGCAUCAAUUCAUGUUGGCCAUGAUGCUUAUUUCGACAACGCAACUGUACUGCAACAAUUCGAACGUCUUUUCCAAAUGAUCAAAUUCAAGCAAGCAUUCAAAGGGCACAUCAUUGAGUGUGUGGUCGAUAAUGCCCGUACUCACACGGCCAAAUCUCAUUCUGUCUUCGAUUUUGGCAAGGGUGUCGGUACGAGGUGUCCUGUCAAUACCAUUGAAUACGUCGAUGACCGCGGCAUGAAAAGAUCUCUGUCUUGUCUCUUCGAUGCAGGACCCAAUAAGGGUCUGAGCAAAGGUCUCCUAGAGCUUGCCCGUGAAAUUAAAAUUAGAAUACCACCAGGCGCUACGCUACAAUGUAUUCGUGAACUGCUUGCUAAACAUCCUGCCUUUAACACCACAUCUCGUCUGCAACAGCUCGGUGAACAGUAUGGUAUCAAAGUGAUAUUUUGUCCCAAGUUCCACAGUGAAUUAAACGUCAUUGAAGGCUUAUGGUGUUCACAAAAAUUAUUUGUUCGAACCCGAACGGACCAAACUUACAAUACAAUGUUACGCUUGAUUUCCGAAUCACGUGUUUAUUUCGAAGAAAAAAGCAUACGAAAAAGUUCUACAAAUGUUCUUCAGUANCAAUGGUCGGCGGUUUAUCGUGCUAGUCUUGAACCAUACUGUACAACACCAGCUGAUCGGGAAACACCAGGUCAAGAGGGUGGAAAAUAUUUCGGUGGAAACAAUGAAGGUAUUGAUGCCGAGUCAAGUUAUCCAUACGAAGCUCGUGACGGACAAUGUCGAUUUAUAAAGGGAAAUGUGGACGCGACUGAUACUGGCUAUGUUAAUGUACUAAAAGGAAGUGAACAAGAUCUUCAAGUUGCUGUUGUUUCUAUUGAUUGGAUUUCUGUUGCCAUUGAUGCAUCACAAGAUCUAUUUCAAUUUAUAUGCACGGUGUUUAUCAUGAACGACACUGCUCAACAGUAG